CAAUAUUUACACCGUUAUAUUAGUUUCGAAGAGAAGGAUCAAUACCCCAGAAAGCCAGAACAAACGCGACAAAAGGAGCACAAAAAUCGAAGGUGCCAGCCUGGCAACAGAGCUGCAAAUAUUAAUAUUUUGCAUGUCCAAGGGAAUUUGGUAUUGCUGGAACAGAUCUCGAUUCGAUGGGCCACACAACGAACAUAGGUCAAACGCCUGCCAACUGACGAGCAAUGCUCGCUGUUUCCUCGCAGGGGAGGAGGGGAGGCAUCAACAAAAGCCGAUUGGCAUUAUUUUCAGACGAACCAAGAAAUUAUACUACUGUGAGUACGAAAGACGAACCUCGAAAGGAUUGAACCAUGACAGCUACACAUUUAUAGCAACGAAGGAGGCUCGAAAGGAUUGAACCAGAACCACACACUAUAAGAAAGCAGGAGACUCGACAGGACUGAUGCACAACGACAAAUUAUAGAAGAUGACUCGAAAGGAUUGGACCACCAAAACUACACAAUAUCGCGAAGAAGGAGACUCGAAAGGAUUGAACCACAACUACGUAACUACAAAUUAUAGAAGGAGAUUCGAAAGGAUUAACCUUACCUACACAUUAUAGAAAGGAGACUCGACCGGACUCAACCACAACUAUCAAUUAGAAUAGGGGACCCGCAAGGAUGGACCGCCAACUUUUCUCCCUUUCCACAAUAUAUAUCUCCACAACAAUAGCUACAUAGGCUCCAACCUCGGUCCUCCGUGCCAACCAACAACACGCACGCCCACGACUUGCAACAUGCCACGACGAAGAUGCUGAUUGUGUGUGUCCUCUGUUUCUUGAUAAUGUACAAUUCAUCCAUCCCACAACGCGCCUUGACGUCUUUUCCGACCUACCUGCCAGACUUGCUCUUCACUCUCCAAAACCCCCCAAGGCUCUACAACAACAACAACAACAAGGUCCCUUCGGCACAGGCCGAAUGAAAAAUGCUCCAAAACGGGGCCAAACAAUAACGAAGCACUGAAAAAACAGCCAGAGAGAAGCCGGUAAAACACCCACAAAACAGCACACCCGGUCUACAUGACCCCUACCUAUCAGACUGGAAAACGGUUAUUUAUCGGAAAAACACACGGCAAAAAAAAAAGAAAAACUGCGUGGGACAGGGACAUCUCUCGCACAAGAAAAUAGAAAUCAUCACCUCAGACUCGGCGAAGUCAAUAGCUGACAACGGAGCACCACACUCACGUGUAUCACUCUACUUACAUACGCAUAGCAACCGAAACAGUGCAGUUUUCACGACUUGUCGCGGAAACAAGUUCACAACGCGAUUGAAUUGCGCAUGCAUUUCACGGAGAUACCUUCCGUCGAACCCGCCGAGGCGUGGGGUGUGCGCCCUCAUCGAUCGGUCAUGUAUUAGGGAAAAUAAAUACACACAGAAAAACUACCCGUUCGAGAUAUACCCGCAGUCGAACUGGAUGUGUGCAACAAGCCGAGACAGGGAAAAAUAAGAAAUAGACACGCAUACGAACGCUAGUUUUCCCGACGCCGCUCUGAGCCCAACUCAGGCUUUUCGCAGAGCCUUCUACGGUACACUGGGCCGCAGCAUCCUGGAAGUCAUCCCGCGUGUGCCAGGAGGUAUGUCUACGUAUCAAUCUGUGAGAGAUAUGCCAUACCAACCACCACAUGACGCCCUCCCAUCUCACGUCACAUUUUGGCGGAUACACCUUGCCGCACACCCCCAAGUCCAUACAUGCCCCCAACUUCAAUACAGGACAAACCGUUUCAAUGCGAACAGAAUUUCAUCCCUCAAUACGAACACGGGUGGGUGAGAGGGGAUAGACUACACGGCAACAACACUCCAUCACUCCCCCUUCAAAUUGAUCAAAUACACGUGAAGGGAUAAACCGCAUAUU